UGUUCUCGCUCUCUCUCGAUCGCGUCGCCACCACUACUACAUCACACGUUCUUUUUUUGGUUGCCUGCUGUAGCUACCACGUACCUUUUAUUUUGGCCUUGGCUUACCUACCUAUUGUCGCGCACACACGCACACAAAUACCUACCUACAAACAAACAAACGCCUACGCGCACACGUACUACGUACAUACUACAUACACACACGCCAACAUGCGUGCCUCGACCACCGUCGUCCUAGCGCUCUUUACCGCUACCAUCAGCGCGACUCAUUUCGCCAAGCGCCAUUCGUCAGCCGACGACUUCGAGACCUUCACCACCACCGAGCCCGGCACCACGGCCGCCGAGCUGACGCUCUUUCCCUCGCCGACAGAUGCCACCGUCCUGACGGGCACGGCGGACGCCAACACGCGCAGCAGCACCCACGGCCCCACUCUCACCACGACCACGGCCAAGGGCCAUCCCACCGCCCUCACCAUCCUGCCUCCAGCGGCCAUUGACUCGGGCGACGAGGUCAUCCUCACGGGCACGGCCGCGCCGUCAAGCACCGGCUCCUCGUCUACCUCGAAAUCCGAUUCCGACUCGGAUUCCGACUCCGACUCCGACUCCGACUCGGCUUCCGCUUCUCCGUCUUCGCCCGCGGACGCGUCCGCUGAUUCUGCUUCUUCCACUACGUUCGCUACUGCGGCUGCCGCGUCGGGUGCGUCGUCGAGUAGUCCGGCCGUUGCGACUACGACGGAUGCGGGCGCGCCGCGUCACGCUAACGCCGGGAUGGCGGCAGUCGUGGCGGGUGUGGCGUUGAUGGGGCUGUUGUAGAGGAGAGGAGGGGCACCUAAGGAGAAAGAGAGGAGAUGAUGAUGAAAGGAGAGAAAGAAAGAAAGAAAGAAAGAAAGCAAGAAAGCAAGAAAGAAGGAAAAAACACGGCUGGACCUGUUUUAAUGCGUCAAGAUACCUACCUACCUAUUAUCUGUCCCUGUAGUCAGCAGGCACACGCGCGCACGACGAUCGUCGGCAUACCUAAUAUUUCAUUUCGUUCGUUUUGUUUCGAUUCAUGGUUUUUCCCAAUGGUCUCGCUUCGCUCCGCUGCGGGUUUUAAACUUUUGCGCUGACUCUCACCGGCCUCUCCUCGACUCGCGCACUCGCUUCAUUCAAAGUCAUACAAUACCCACAUUCCCCCACCUCGCCUCAUCCACAUCCAGAUCCC